AUGAUGAUUCUAGACGGCCCUCACAAUGGCUGGAGAUAUCUCAUUCUCCCCAUGGCACGAACCGACUCUUUGGUGCGAGACGCGGUUCUGGCCGUUUCAUGCUUCCAUCUGUGCCUCUCCUCCAUAAAAACCCGCUCUCCGUCCAUCGAAGACGCCAUGUCCCAGUGGCAACUCCCGGGCCCCGGUCUGAACCCUCGUCACCUCUACACACGCGCUGUCAAGGGACUUCACUCUCGUCAGCUCACGUCAUGGGAUCGCGCCAGCCAGUUCCCGGUUCUCGUGACCAUCAUGGUUUUGUUGACGAGUUCUAUGGUGACCGGUGACCAAGAUUUUCCGAUUCUGUUCCGCAUGCUGCAGUCCGCCUUUGAUGCGGUGGGAGGAGAACAAGGGCUGGGACAAGGCGACCUGGCUGCGUUCUUAGUUCGUCAGAUUCACAAGCUCUCUGUCUACGCAGCUCCGCUGAUAAGCGAGGAGAAUGGGCUUCAAACGAUGCAGUCACCUGUCCGCAUGAUGCAAGUUUUCGAAUGCCUCAACUACUGCGCACAGCAACAGCCGAAGCAUCAGCAUGUCAUUACCACGGCGAUCAGUAUAAUUCACCAGGCACGCGAGAUCUACCUAAGUCAGACACCCCAUCAUCCGCAGAGGUUGAGUGAAGACCCAUUCGCCCCAGCGCGAUCGGUUGCGCGCGUCCAGGCAUUCAUCGACACGCUGGAAAGCUUUCCACAAGAUCACACGGGCGAGCAAGUCUUAUUAUGGGCUUCUUUUGUAGCUGCGUCUGAUUGUACUAUUGAUGCGCACAAGGAUUACUUUGAGUCUUUUUUCCGACGGCACCAUGCUCGAAACGGCUUCAUGAACCUGUUGAAAGCGGUUGACUUUCUACGUCGUAUUUGGGGUCGAGAGUUGGCUGGGAAGUGGGCAUCUUUGCUGCCAGAGGAGAAAUUGUUUGUCAUGUAA